CACAUACCACGAAAACUACAUUUCGACCACAAGAGAAAUGGAUUGAAACUCAUGACUAUAACAUUAUGACAGGUGAAAUUAUUGUCAACAAAUCAAUGAAGACGUACAAAUCUACUCCAAUCCAUUCAUUCAUGUUCUCGAUUCACUUCAUCCAUGUAUAUAAAUACACACACAUGACGUUGAACAGUCGUCAUAAUUGUACACCAACAAUGAACUCAAUCAAGGUACUCUUCAUUUGCAUGUGUUUAUACACGAUAGUAAAAGUGAUCGAAGCUGAUACAGAGGAUAAGGCCAGUGCAAUACAAGGUGAAGCGUCAGAGAAGAUUGCCAAACCCACUAGGAAGCAUUCCAAACUAGGAAGAUCAUUAGGAAGGGAUAAGAAGAUAUUGUCAACAAAGCUACCAGAUGGAGCGGUCAAAGUUGAGAAGCCGAAACCUGAACAGAGUGGAAUCAUACUGGACCUGAUCGCUGGACUGCUUUAGGAUGUAUGAUGAAG